CCAACAACAGUUCCAGAUGUGAAAGUUCCCUCCCCCUGAAUUUAUCCAAACAUUCCAGUCCAGCAAGAGCCUACAGAGCAGGAGCGUGACACACACUCUCCCUCUCCCUCCAACACACACACACAUACACACACUCUCCCUCUCCCUCCAACACACACACACAUACACACUUGAAGAGGCCAGUGAGUUGGAUCGCUGCUGAAGAUGAAGCCGGUUCUGUUUGUGGUUCUGUUUGUGGUUCUGCUGGGACUGAGUUUGGAUCUAGCGGCAGCACAACAGCAGGCUCUCAUGGAUUACCUGGAGAGAAGGUUACAAGCCAUAGAGGACCGCAUCUCUCUGUGGCACGAGCAGACGACGCGCUACGCUGCGGAGCUGCGUGAGGUCAAGCAGCAGAUGGUGUCCCAGCUGGAGGUGCUGGACAAGAGGGGGAGGGUCUCCUUCCGGCUGGAUGGGCUGGGCUGUGGCGUGGGUGGGCGUGGGCUUGAGAUGGACUACCUGGACCAUGAGAAGGGAACACAGCCCUGUGUGGACGUGGACGAGAGGCUUGUGGAGCAGCAGGUCACCGUCGCCCGGGAGAGGACCAAGCUCAAGUACGCCAAGCUCUCAGGCUGUAAGGAUGUGAUGGCCAGUGUGAAGGGGAUGAAGGUUCUGAAGCGUCUGGGCGGCUCCGCGGGCAUGUGGACCAAAGACAUGACCUCUGGUGUGGGGGGGGUCUACGUGUUCAACGGCUCGUCCUCUGACACACUCCACCAGUUCAGCUCCGUCCGUGACUUCACUUCCUCCCAGGGCACCGCCCUCGCCACGCCCCUCAAGCUCCCCGGCCAAUGGAGCGGCACAGGCCACGCUGUCUACCAAGGCCACGCCUACUACAUGGAGGACUCGGCCGAGCUGCGUCUACUGAAGGUGUCGCUGACCGACGGCGCGCUGGCCGACAGCUCCGUGCUCCCGCUACCGGACCUGGUCCCUGCGUACGCGCUGACGCCGGACACCUACGUGGACCUGGCGGUGGACGAGGAGGGGCUGUGGGCCAUCUACGCCACGCGGGAGAGCCAGCGGCACCUGAGUCUGGCCAAGAUGGACGCCGGCACGCUGGCGGUCAUGCAGCUCUGGACCACGCCCUGCCCGAGGGAGAAUGCGGAGGCGGCGUUCGUGGUGUGCGGCGCGCUUCACGUGGUCUACAACAGUCGCCUGCCCGGCCGCUCCCGCGUCCAGUGCGUGUACGACGUGGGCGACCUGCAGCCGGCCGACGAGGCGCCGCUCGCCUACUUCCCCCGCCGCCAGGGGGCGCACUCGAGCAUGAAGUACAGCCCCCACGAGAAGCUGCUGUACGCCUGGGACCAGGGCUACCAGAUCCUCUACAAGCUCACCAUGAAGAACAAGCUGGAGGUGUAAUAUACACACACACACACACACACACACACACACACACACACACACACACACACACACCACAC